CUGGAUUUGCUCUUCUUGCCGUGUUCUUGCCGGUUGCUUGCUUGCCGGUUUCUUUUGUAAUUGAUUUUGUUAAGUAUAUGUUCAUUUUUAAUUUUAGCAAAAAAUAUCAAAAUCUUAUCUUUGAGAAUAUAUACUUCGCAUUUUACAUCUAUUAUUUUGUGAUGUAAACUAUAAAAACAAUCAAGAAUUUCAAGUUUAAAUCCGUAAAUUUCUACUUUGCUGGUGCUUCUUGCAUGCCCGAAGAAUCAAUGUUUUUAUGGAUAAUUCUUCGUGGAACAAUUUUCUAAAGAAUCCAAUAUCUUCGGAAACGAUAAAUAAAACGACGGAGUACAACGAAGUUUUUAUUACUCAUGGCUAAUUUAAGAACAUACCAAGAAACUUCCUUUUAUAAUCCAAUGAGCCUGUGGCGCAAAUUUCAACCCCCUAAAACGGUUGAUCUUACCGGCGGGAUGCGCGUGCAUCCGGGAACUUAAGAGCUAUGUCGACGAGCAUAACUACCAAUCGGGUCACCCUCGUCGAACCGGUCUUAAGGAAGAGAGAAGUCAGAUGAAGAGGAUCGACAACAACCCAACCCAAGGUGUCAAGCGAUCCGUGCCGAUGGGUGCAUGGCGGUGGGAAAGCACCGUCAUUAACGGAGCCUCUGAGAAACCGGGCGACCUUUCAGAGUAAUUAGCCUUAUUCCUGUGCAGGGGGCACCGCAGGAAUGGACCCUUUAUAUCCCUCAUUCUCGUGGGAAUGAUAUGGAUGAAUUAACUAUAAACAAAAUUAUAAAAAGUAGUGAUGAGAAGGAAUUAACUAUAUACCGAAUUCAAAGUGAUAGGAGAAAUGAGUUAAUUGUAAACCAAACUAAAGGAGAUAGAGAGCAGGAAUUAACUCUAUGCCAAUCUGAGGAAGAUAUGAGAAAUGAACUAAUUAUAGAUGAAACUAAAGAAAAUAGUAAAGAGGAUGAAUUAAUUAUAUGUAAAAUUCAAACAUAUAGUAGAGAUGAGUUAAUCGUAAACCAAACUAAGGAAGACAGAGAGCAGAUAUUACUUCCCUGUGAAUCUGAAGGUGAUAGUAGAGAUGAAUUAAUUUUAGAGGAAACUAAAGGAGAUAGUAGGGAGGGUGAAUUAAAUAUAUAUCAAAUUCAAGAAAUAAACCAACCCAAAGAAGAUAAUGAAGAGCAGGAAUUAAACAACACUAAAAAAAAUAAUAAUAUGGAGUCACAUAACAAAAUUAUAAAAAAUAGUAGAGCGAAGUUGAAUCAAAGCUCAAACUCGGCUACUGCGAACAUCAGAGAAGAUUUUUUCAGUGAUUCUGAAAAUUUAAAUAGUAGUCGACCUGUACAGGCAGAUAAUUUAAUUUCUAAAGAUUCAAUUAAUGGAACCAGCGUAAUAAGCGUUGCUGAUCGAAUAACUGAUAAGGAGGGUGACGGGUUUAAGCGCAAGAGACUUUCUGGAGCUCAAAAGAGGAAACGCGCUAAAGAAAGAAAGAUAGCUGCGCGUACGUGGACCACAGGGAAACCAAAUCAAAAAAAAUAUAAUACAAUUGAGGGACAGGUAAAGAUUAGUGUUUCUAAAAGACGUCUGUCUGAGUCUGAAUUCGUAACAAAUUACACCAACGUAAAGAGAGCGAAAACUGAGUCCACAUUUGAAAAACAGAGGAAGUAUGAAAGCUUUUCAAAUUUUCGAUACCCAUCUAAAUACACCGAGGGACAAAAAUACAGAAGUGCUUCAGAAUCAGUGAGAUACGGAAUUGAGAGACCCGAAGAGACUGAGAGUUUUCAUAGACCAAAAAGUGAUACACCAUCAAUGAUGUCUAAGAUUGAAGAACGGAAUGAAUAUGAGAGAUUAAAAAGACCGCUAGUGGAUUCCCGUUGUCCAACAAACUGCAUGGACGGGAAGAAAUUUAGAAGUAAUCCAGUGCCAAUGAGAUACCAGGUUAAGGAAAGAGAAAUUGAGAAUUUUCAUAGGCAAAGAAGUGAAUCACCACCGUUGAGGUACAUGAUUGAAGAUCGAGAUAAUUUUCAGAAAUUUAAAACACCAAUAUUGGAUUCCUCUUAUCCAAGAAACUGCACCGACGGAAACAAACACAGAGAUAAUCCAGAGCCAACGAGAUACCGGAUUGAGGAACGAGAGAUUGAGAGUAUUUCUAGACUAAGAAGUGAAUCACCAUCAUUGAGGUACAUGAUUGAAGAGAGAGAUAAUUUUGAGAAAAUUAAAGGACCAUUAUUGGAUACCCCUUAUCUAAAAAACUGCACCGACGGAAAUAAACACAGAGAGAAUCCAGAGCCAACGAGAUACCGGAUUGAGGAACGAGAGAUUGAGAGUAUUUCUAGACUAAGAAGUGAAUCACCAUCAUUGAGGUACAUGAUUGAAGAGAGAGAUAAUUUUGAGAAAAUUAAAAGACCAUUAUUGGAUACCCCUUAUCUAAAAAACUGCACCGACGGAAACAAACACAGAGAUAAUCCAGAGCCAACGAGAUACCGGAUUGAGGAACGAGAUAUUGGCAGUAUUCAUAGACAAAGAAGCAAAUCACCGCCAAUGAGGUAUAUUAUUGAAGAACGGGAUAAUUCUGAGACAUUUAAAAGACCACUGUUAGCAUAUCCUUAUCCAACAAACUGCACCGACGUGAACAAAUACAAAAGUAAUCCAGCGCCAAUGAGAUACCGGAUUGACGAACGAGAGAUUGAAAGUUUUCGUAGACAAAGAAGUGUAUCAUCGCCAAUGAGGCACAUGAUUGAAGAUCGAGAUAAUUUUAAGAGACCUAAAAGACCACUAUUGGAUUCCCCUUGUCCAAUAAGCUGCACCGAGAGCAACAAAUACAGAAGUAAUUCAAUGCCAUUGAGAUAUGGGAUCAAGGGACCGGAGGAGAUUGAGAGUUUUCAUAGGCAAAGAAGCGAAUCACCGCCCACAAGGUAUACUAUUAAAGAAUGGGAUAAUUCUGAGACAUUUAAAAAACCACUGUUAGCUUCUCCUUAUCUAAAAAACAGCACCGACGUGAAAAAGUACAGAAGUAAUCCUGCACUAAUGAGAUACGGGAUUGAAGGACAGGAGAAAAUUGGGAGUUUUCAUAGACAGAGAAGUGAAUCACCGCCAAUGAGGUACAGGAUUGAGGAACGGGAUAAGUAUAAAAGUUAUAAAAGAUCUUUAUUAUAUUCUCGGUAUUUAAGAAGCAACUCCGAUGCAAAUAAAUCCAGAAGUCAUUCACCACCUCAGAUUACUUCUUCUCCUGAAGCGACGAACCCGACACGUCUAGCCAUUAUAGAAAAACGUCACCCUGACAUAAAACUAUCUCAGGAACAAGCUGCCCUAGUUCAAAACACAUUAGUGGAUUUAUUGUACUCCGCUCCUUCGAGUAGUAGUAGUAGACCUCCACAGUUCUUACGAACUGCCUUUACUGCAGGAUACCUAUGGAUGACCUGUGCUAAUAAGAGAACGGAAGAGUGGCUUAGAAGGAGUAUCGAUGCCUUGGAACCACUCUGGGAGGAAGGCGGCGUUCGGAUAGCAUGUUCUGGAGAACUUCCAAUUAGAUACAGAAUCAUAGGAUUCGUUCCAGGGCAAGAGGAAGCGCUGGAAUCCAUAAAAAGUCGUAUUGAGAUACAGAAUCCGGGUCUCAAAACUGGAGAUUGGAGUGUACUAAAUUGUAAAAUAGAGGCUGACGGGAAGCUCCUCGUCUUCUCCAUUGACGAGGCCUCUUUUAUAACAUUAGAGACAUCUCAGUUUAGAGUAUUCUAUAAGCUAGGGCGGGUGAACUUUAAUGUUAUACAUAAGAAGAGCGAUAAUAAGAAAUAAGCACCCCUAUAGACUCCCAACAUGGUAAGCUUUCGAUAGACCUUUUUAUGUAAUUCUCGUUUGUAAAUAAGAAAUAGAUAUGCCGGCUUUAAUCCUGACACUCCGCAAUAACUUCUAUUUGGUUAUUAUUGACAGUAGACAUUUAGUUAUUAUUGACAGUUAGGACCGUUUUUGGAUCAUCGGUGAAAAUCAAUAUAAUAAUCAUAAAAUCUGUC